CUGGAAAGAGACAUACACAAAAAAUUCAGCAACAUUUGUUCUCCUGGGCCAGCAUUGAACAGAGUUUUGCGAACUGGAAAUACACGCACAACAAAUGAUUGGCACCGAGGAUAUGUCCACAUCGACUGGCAUGGAUAUCAGUGAAUCCUUUCGUGCCGAGGAUCUCUCAAAGACGGAUUUCUUCGAUUUUGUCACGGCGCCGGACAUGGGCAUUGGCAUUGGUGUUGGCGUCGAUGUGGGCGUCGGUGUCGGUGUCAGCCUGCAGCAGCAACAACAGCACCAUCAGCAGCAGCAACACCACCAGCAGCAGCAGCACAGUCACAGCCAUAGCCAAGGUCAUCAGCCAACGACAUCACAAACGCCGCAGCCGAACCACCACGCCGCCCGAACCACCAGCAGCAUGACCCACGACAUUGGCGAGGGCGGCGGCGGUGGUGCUGGCAUUGUCCCUGUGAGUAAUCGCAAUGGCAGCAGCAGCAAUGGCGGCGAUCCCACGUUACAAGGCUACGAGUUUUGGCAUCAGGACAAGGACAGCAGCCGCCUGGACUCGAGCUCGAUUUUCGAGGACCUCGAUCGCUACUGCUGGCAGCAGCAGCCGAUCACAGCCAGCGCCACGACUACUGUCAAUGCCAGCAACGUGCGCUGCAGCAACCAGCCAAGCCCCACGUCUCCGCAAUCGCAUCCACACUCACACCCACAUCCCCAUCAGCAGCAGCAGCAGCAGCAGCAACAGCAGCAUCAGCAGCAGCACCAACAGCAGCAGCAGCAGCAGCCAAACGCCAGCAGCUCGUCGAGCGCUGCCGGCAGCAGCAGCGACACCAUCAGCAGCCUGGACACAACGGACGGCCAGAUCUACACAUUGACAGUAUUAAAUGGCGGCGAGCCUUGGCUGAAGCGUGCCGAGGCGGAGCAGCUGCCCAGCGCGCUGGACUUGGACAGCUUGCUGGGCAGCUUUCCAGGCUACAUCAAGUCGGAGUACCCGUACGACGACAGCGGAUUCAGCACGGAUGGCAAGGAUGUGAUUGUCAAUGGAGCGGAUGCCAAUGGCCUCAGCAGUAUUUCGCAGUCGCAGUCGCACGGCCAGACGCUGCCCUCGCUGGUCACGGCCAUUUCCAUAGCGGGCGGCGGUGUCAAUGAGCUGGGCCAGCAGUUGGCCCAGUUCCAGAACAACAACAACGACUGGCACAUGGCCGAUCACAAUGCGGAGGCGGAGCAGAAUACGGCGGAGUCCCUGUUGCGCAGCGCACUGCAGGGCAAAGGCUACGCCAAGGGCCUCCACAUGCAAAAUGGACUGGCUCUGCCCGUGGUCAAGGACGAAGAGAUGCGCAGACUACUCUUCACGCCGGACGAUGCCGCCGAUGCGCUGGGCUUUGCGGACUCCACGCUCAGCACUGCCCAAAUGUUCGACGAUGCCCAGGCCAUGACCCACGGUGGACCAAGCGCGCACAUGGCUGGCUCGAAUCACGGCCAGCACGGCGGCAACGCCAGCAUCAUUGUCGACGACAUGUUCCUCUCGCUGGAGAAUGCGUUCAGCGACGACUUCGAGAAGAUCAAGCGCAUUGCCAAUGAGGUGCAGCAGUUCUGCAGCGCCAGCACGGGCACACCCACUCCAGGUGACUACGCCGGCGGCGACGUGCUCAUGCAGCUGUCGCCGAACGGCACAGCGGCAAACGCACAACAGCCACCGCCCCCGCAGCCACUGAAGCCCGAGGUGUCCACGUCGACAGCAGCUGCUGUGGGCACAACUGUGCAUGGAGGUCGCCUGGGCGGCAUUAGCAAACCGAAGAAGCAGUACAAGCGCAGCAACAGCAGCGCCAACAACAACAACAAUCCUAAUGUGGCCAACAACAACAACAGCAGCAACGCCAAUAACAACAACAGCAGCAGCAAUAGUGUACUGGGCGUGGUCAUAGGCAACGGCGGCAGCUCCUCCUCGAGCGGCAGCGCGAGCAGCAGCAGCAACAGUCCGCCAGCCAACUGCAACACCAACUCGGGAGGCAGCAGCACCGGCGGCGGCAGCCAGCGGAAGGAGCGUUCGCUGCACUACUGCUCCAUCUGCUCGAAGGGCUUCAAGGACAAGUACUCGGUGAAUGUGCACAUACGCACGCACACGGGCGAGAAGCCAUUCGCGUGCUCGCUGUGCGGCAAGAGCUUCCGGCAGAAGGCGCAUCUGGCCAAGCACUACCAGACCCACAUGACCCAGAAGAACAAUGGCAGCCUGAUCAAAGGCAGCUCCGGCAAGCACCAGCGCGCGGGCUCCAACAACGCGGCCGCAGCGAACAGCCUAGCCCAGCAGCGGCAGCUGAGCGCCGUGGCCACCGCGGUGGCCAGCCCCAGUUUAAUGAGCGCCGGCGUCGUGCUGAGCGGACCAAAUACGCCGCCCGGCGUCUUACCGCCAGCUAAUGGCCUGCUCGCAAACAGGUAGUAGAGCCGACCUUGGCUAUAUACAUAUAAUUAUAUACACAUAGGCUAUGUUCCACAAAA